AGCCGCUCCGGCAGGGGGCGCCGUUGCCUCAUUCGGGUGCCCGGCCCCGCAGCCCCUGGCCUCCCCCGCAGGUCUCUGAGCUCGGGGCGGCCGCCCCGGACCCAAUUGGGCCCCAGUGGAGCCGAGCCCCGCCGCCUCGUCUUCCGCAACUCCGGCUCGGAGCGACGUUCGCCCGCUGGUAGUGCCGCCGGGUGCCGGGCGCCACGGGGCCGAGCGCACCGAGUCAGGUGGGGACCGAGCGAGACGUGACCCUGGGGCUCGCGCUGCAGGACGUGAGACCUGGGUAUCUGCGCCCCGGGCCUGGCGCCCCCUCCUCCCGGCUGAGAGCCCAAGCCGAGCGCUCGGCCCGUGUCGCCUCCCCAGACACCCCUGGCGCGGGAGCCAGCUGUCUCGGGCCGGCGAGCCCUGCACCCGGCCCCGGGGCCAGAUCCAGAGGCCGGGGAGCCGGGGCUCAGGGCCCCCCAGGUGGGGUGGGGGGCGGGGCGGGAGGCGGAGCCAUCUCUCUCUCUCUCUCUCUCUCUCUCUCUCUCUCUCUCUCUCUCGCAGGGGCGGGCCCGGCGCAGGGUAUAAAAGCUGCCCGCGCGGGAGCCCAAGCCAGCUCCGGGGUUGUCCUGGGACGUGUCCUGGCUCCCGAGUCUCACGACCAGGCGACGGCGACAUCUCUCUUGACGAAAAGACUCGGCGUCCAGUGCUCCGACCAAAGCAUCAUGCCCAACUUCUCCGGCAGCUGGAAGAUCAUCCGAUCGGAAAACUUCGAGGAUUUGCUCAAAGUGCUGGCUGGAAGGUGUACCCAGUGCCGCGUGUGCUAAGUCCUGCACACGUCACCCAUGCUGUGGGCUCCACUUUAUGCUUGAGGAACCCGAGGCCCAGAAAGGUUCCGUCACCUGCCCAGAGUCACCUGGCCUGCCAGAGAGGCCGAGCCACGUGGAUGUCAGGGCCGAGUGGAUCUCACUGCAGAAUCUCUGGCUUCCCCAGGCCAUUUGGGUGAACGUGAUGCUGAGGAAGAUCGCCGUGGCGGCGGCAUCCAAGCCGGCAGUGGAGAUCAAGCAAGAAGGAGACACCUUCUACAUCAAAACCUCCACCACGGUGCGCACCACGGAGAUCAACUUCAAGAUCGGAGAGGAGUUCGAGGAGCAGACGGUGGACGGGAGACCCUGCAAGAGCCUGGUGAAAUGGGAGAGUGAGAACAAAAUGGUCUGCGAGCAGAGGCUUUUGAAGGGAGAGGGUCCCAAGACCUCGUGGACCAGGGAGCUGACCAACGACGGAGAGCUGGUCCUGACCAUGACGGCGGAUGAUAUCGUGUGCACCAGGGUCUAUGUCCGAGAGUGAGCGGCCGACGGUCCAAGGGCUUCCAGAGCCGCCCCCCAGCCCCUGCUCCCUGCCCCACUGCCCUUCCCCCUUCCUUCUAGGCUAGCUCUCCCCUCACCCCGCUCACUCCCGGGGAUGCUGGGAUGCCUCCAGCGGGGCUCUGCUUUUUGGGGCCUCCCCUUCCUCUGCUCCCCCAACAAAGAGGGAUGGAUGGUAAGAACCCUGAUCACCUGGUCCAGAAUCACUCCCCUUCCCCAGCCAGCAGUCCCAGCCCCAAACCAGCCCAGAGCACAGCCCUUCUCUCUGUGAGGGGACCUGAGGGCCCCAGUGGGAAAGAUGGCCCUCUGGUUUCCACUCUUUGUCCCGGUAGCCUACACAGUGUAGAAUAUUUAUUGGUUAAUUUUAUUAAAAUGUUUUGAAAAAUACAACCCGUCUCUGGCUCCUUGGG